AUGGACAAGCGUACGGGAGAAAGUCCCAUGGAAUUUGAAUGGGAGACAAGACCUGCCGGCGAUGCCAGUUCGCCCUUCUGGCAGCUCGGCGCACAACAUGACAAGAAACGAACACAUAGCACAUUCGAUUCCCCCCAAAAACAGUCUUUACCAUCUCUUCGUCAACCAAACUCACAACCUUUCUUCUUCUCUCAACCCAAUAAACAACCCGUACCACCAUCGCCGAAAGCCAAGUUUGGACAAGCUUCCUUCAUGACACCGCGGAAAUUCGACGUGGAUUUCUCUUCAGGAGCAGAGAAUAUGUCAUCACCGGAGUACGCAGACAACGAGGAUACACCCGAGCAGCCGUCAAGGGCAGGGAAGGGAAUUGGAUCGAUGUUCAACUUCAGCAAGGCACCGCAAAGUCCAGGGCGAGGGCAAAUCCCCCGAUUGACCCACCACUCCAACGCAGCCGUCAACCGCAUACAGAAGAAGCGACGCAGAGAUAGGGAACUCGGGCGAAGGAUAAAAGUCGACAGCGACGACGAGAGCGAGGACGACCGACCCAGGAGCAGGGAGGAGCAGUCGACGAAAUUGACGAAACAAGGCAAUCAACCGACCGAGAAGAGCUCGCGCGUAUCAACGUGGUCUGAAUUCUUCAGCAUGCUCGAAGCACACCCGAAUGUCCCCGCCAUCCUAUCAUGGUGGGCCCAGCUGGUCGUCAAUCUGGCUCUCUUCUCUCUCGCGGUGUACAUUGUUUUCGGGUUUGUCUCGGCGAUUCGCGGCGAGUUCGAGCAAGCCGCGCAGGAAAUGUCCGAUACCAUCUUGGCGGACAUGGCCGUCUGCACGAAGAGCUACCUGGACAACGACUGCGGGCGACCGACCCGCGCACCGGCCCUGGAAACGAUCUGCGAGAACUGGGAGCGCUGCAUGAAUCGCGACCCGGCGAAGGUCGGCCGGGCCAAGGUGUCCGCGCAUACCAUGGCCAUCAUCAUCAACAGCUUCAUUGAUCCCAUCAGCUGGAAAGCAAUUCUAUGCUUUCUUGCAACUAUCUCCACCGUCACAGUCGUCAGUAACUGGUCAUUCCGCUCAUUCAGACAUCGUCUCCAACAGCAGCACUACGCUCAACAACCCCCACCCCAACCCAUGCAUCCUCAGCUGCAACAAAACCCCGCUUUCGGGUACUAUGGACAACAAGACCAUCGGCAGAACCAAGGCUACGACGAGAAGCCAGAUCAGCCUCUGUUGCUCGAGAACUCAAGGUCAAUGGAGUUUGUAACCGAGCGCAGUCGUGAGCGUGAACAGCACCUCCGCACACCAAGCCCAACCAAGCGCCGGUUUGCCUGA